AUGGACGAGCUCGAGGAGGAAUGGGCACGUCGUGAAGAAGAGCGGAGCAACUUACUGAAUUUAGCGCAGGAAGAAUAUCAGCGCCUCGAACAAACGCUACGGAAAUCUUUGGCCGAUUUGGAGACGAGAGAGCGUCGCUUAGCUGUGGCCGAGUCUUCUUUGCAGCGAGAACAGGAGGCUAAACGAGACGAGAACGACUCUCUACAGCGGCGUUUAAAGAGUGAGCAAAACCACACAUUGUCAUUAGCGAAGAAGCAGACAGAAGCUUAUGAGCGACGCAUCGCUCUACUGGAGUCUCAGCUUAGUGACGCCGAAAGUCGUGCCAAGCAAGUUGAAGCCGAUUUUACAGAGUACCGUCAACAGCAACGGAAACUUCCCGAGUCCAAACUUCGAGAAGAGAUUGCAGCACUCAAGGGAAAUGUAUCAGAGCUAGAAAAGCAGAAAAUGGCGAAAGAUCGGGAGUGCGAGAUCGCUCAAGCGAAUGUCGAGAAGAUGAAAACCCAGUUGGAUCAAAUGACGAGCUUAUUGACCCGAGAGAAGAAGAAACACGAAGCACGGGUGGUGGAUGAGCUGGAGAAGCUUCGUGUCAAGUACAUUGCUCGAGAGGAAAAAUACGUUUUGGAUGGAGAUCGAGACGAACUUCGAGCGAUCAAGAAGCAGUUGGACGACUUAAAGGGGUUUAAGCUGAGGAGCAACACGCGUAUGGACAUGCAAGCGACUGGGAGCCAUACGAAGAAUCUAGACGUGCAGACACAACCCCGCAGUUGGAUCUUCACGAGUCACGGGGCGAACGCGAGUCCUUAA